AUGCCGAAGAACCUGAUCCGUGCAGCUUCAGGCUGUGUUGUUGCUGCUGCUUUACAUCCAAACGCAGUGUCCUGUGCUGUCACGGUCAGCCACCAGGGGACAGAGUUGGCCUUUACUUUUCCAGCUUCUGACAAACUAUCCCACCGCUGCUCUUCUUCGGCUGCUCAUUCUCCUCCCGCCUGGCUCACACAGGCCCACCUGGACACCCAGUCAGCCCUCUCCCUCCAUGGGGGUUGGGGGGAGGUGGCGGCGGCCCUGGAUCUGGACCCCCAACCUAUUCAGCUCGGCUCAGCUGAGGGAGAACUGGGACAAGCAUCUUGCCUCGAUGCAUCUACUCUCACAGACCUCUGUUCAGACCUGCCAGAGUUAGAGAUAGUCAGCCUCCUGUCAGAGGGCCAGCCCAACUACACUCUCCGAGCAGACUGUGUAUUUGGCUACGACAAUGACGACUGGCUGCACACCCCUCUGCUGCAGCCAGAGGUCGUCCUGGGCCUCACACACCAGCAAAUUGAUGAGACCUUCAAGUACUUCUUGCUGUGCUCAGACAGAGUUGGCCAGGUCACCAAGACAUAUCAUGACAUUAAGGCAGUCACACACCUGCUGGAAGAGAAAGAGCGUGAUCUGGAGUUAGCAGCACGGAUUGGUCAGUCGCUCCUGAAACAAAACCAAGAACUGACAAGCCGAAAUGGAAUACUGGAUGAACAGCUGGAGAGUGCAAAGGAGGAGAUUGCUCAACUGCGUCAUGAGCUUUCUAUGCGAGAUGACCUUCUCCAGUUCUACGCAAGCACGGAGGAGAUAGAAAAUGCUGAAUCACACUCAACAAUCAAAAAAAACGAAUCAAGCAGUUCUCUCGGCAACUUUGUCCACUAUGACUUCAUGCAGCAGAAACUGAAAUGUUUAGAGGACGAGAACCGCAAACUUCGACUGGAGGCCAAUGAGCUCUGCACAGAGACUACGGAUUACGAGGAACAAGAACAGGAGCUGAUGAUGGUGUGUGUGGAGGAGCUAUCCUCUGUCAACAAGCAAGUAGUGGACCUAUCAGACGAGCUAGCGCGCAAAAUGGAAGACUCUUUUCGUCAACAAGAGGAAAUCAGCCUAUUUCUUGCCCAGAUUGUUGACCUGCAGGCCCGCUGCAAACGUAUUACAAAUGAGAACGAGGAGCUGAAUCAACAUCUGAGUGCCUCCCGUGAGAAUAACCUGAAACUGGAGUCUGAGCUCAAAGACCUGCGGGACAAGUAUUCCCAGUGUGAGGACAUGCUCCACGAGGCUCGAGAGGACAUCAAAAAUCUGCGAAAUAAGAGCCUGCCCAACAGCACAGUGCAGCGUUACACUGCUCUGGCCUCUGUCCUCCCCAUGGACAGCCUGGCAGCGGAGAUAGAAGGCACCUUCCGUAAAGGCUUGGACACGCCUGCAUCGUCAGAAUACAAAACCCACCCGAGGCGUGUGUUUGAAACCGUACGUGUGGUGAACAGGUCGGUGAGGCUGCGCUCUCUAUGUCACUCCCCCGGGUUCCCAGGGUCAAGCCCAGUGUCCGUGCACUCCAGUUCUACCAGUACCCCCCGGACUAGUUACUAUGGCUCCGACAACAUCAGUCUUACUCUGGAGGACAAGCCCGGCUCCAGUCUGGCCCAAAAAGACGAUAGCAUCAGUGGGCCUAAGCGUCUGGGCCAGCCAGGCACUCCAGGAGGCCCUGACCUUGAAGCCGCCUUGCGCAGCUUGUCAGCUCGCCAGCAGAACCAUUCUUCUGAGCGGCCAUUCUUCGAUGUGGAGCGCGAGCGGAAACUGCGGGCCUUGGCGGCAAACAGUGACGGGGAUGAGGGUUCUAGUGGCUUCUUGACACCAAAUGACAGCCUGGCCUCCAGCCCAGCGACAUCAACCGGUACCAACUAUUCCAAUGGAAGCUCUCGCCACUCCUGUGACUCCUCAGGAUCCAGGUCAUACCUGCCUGAUCGCCUGCAGAUCGUCAAACCUCUGGAAGGCUCAGUGACUCUACACCAGUGGCAGCAGCUGGCCAAACCAAACCUGGGGGGUAUCCUACACCCUCGUCCUGGCGUCCUGACAAAGGACUUCAGGGAGCUUGAAGUGGACAUACAGCACGUGUACAGUUUGAACGACCUGGAGGAGGAUGAACCUGACCUGUCGCUGAUCUCAGGAGCUCACAGCAUGGUGUCUCGAUCGGGUCCCAACCGCCCUCCUACUUUUCCCACUCCUGCCACAACCCACAGCCAAGUUCCCCAACCAUCCCUCCUCACCCCUUCAUUCCCUUUUGGCCAUCACCCUAUCAACCUGCCAUUAUGUCCGAACUGUGAGCACGUGAGUGCUUCACCUGUAUCCUGCCAGGAUACAGCCUCCACCACCCUAAAUAUAAGCCGGUCAUCACCGGGGCUCCUGCAGCUUCUUGAAGAACGAGGUAUUUCCGCCUCCUGUUCUCCCCGCCAACACACACACAGUAUCCACAGCAUAGCGCCUCGGCUCUCCGGCGCCGUCGACAAAGGUGGGGGCUCAUGCCCGGACAUGGCCGGGAAAAGGAACAAUUUGAGCUUCAACCUAGUUGGAGAAGCUUCAGCAUCUCAGGCUGCACAGAGUGGCCGCCUAGAGGAUAGUGAGUUGUGAUUUUUUUUUUUUUUUUUUUUUUUUUUUUUUUUUUGGACAACCAUCACACUUCUCUUGGCCCACUGCACAUUGUGUCUGUUUGCGCUCCAGCCAGACUCUCAUGGUCCUCUUCUUUUCUGUUGUCAUGGCAAUGUGUUCACCUAUGUUCAUCUCAGGACAAUCACCCGAUCUCAGGCUGCUUAAUUGCGGCAAUAGAUUAGUUUUCCACACAAAUAAGAAACUUCAAAAAAGCUGCGAUAAUCUUUUUAUACCAUAUGCCGUAGAGAUUAGUGACACAUUUUUUUCUCCUGUAAAAAUACUUGUUUGUAGUUGAUGUAAAUUUCAUGCAGUAAUUUGUUACUAUCACACUGAUGAACUUUCAAAUUGCACUGAAACAUAUUCUGGUCUUCCUGUGUAUUACCUGCUGUAUUGACAAAAAAUAUUGUAUAUAAUAUGAUCAUGUAUAAUUACAUUAACGGAAGUAGACGACGAUGCACUGAGAGGACGAAACAAUGACUGCACUGAAUCGUUGAUUUUCACCUUUAGCUGUUUUCACAUGGCGAAUGUUGUUUGGGCAUCAAACUGCUCCAAAGCACUCAUUUUAAAUCAAGUGAAUGAAUGUCUUUAAAAAAAAAAAAACAUCAUCAUAUUCAUGACUUCAUAGGAAAUUUCAUUCCGUUGUGUUAGAAAACACAGUAAUGGUACAUAUGUACUUUAGAAAGCCGUAUACCGAACAAUCAUGGAAAGUAGAGGAAUUCACACAGUUAUCUGUAGCAUAAGGGCAUAGGAUCCUGUAGUUUUAAAAGGGAAUGAAACGAAGAGCACGUUAUGGUCACUUGUGCUUGACGUUAACCAAAACACUAUUGUCAGCACUUUGAACGUGCUCUGUCUGUAUUUGCAUUCUCUAUAAUAUUGCAGUGUGUGUAUAUACUAUCCCACCUGUGAAUAAAAUGUUGUAUUUCCA